AUGGCUCAGUUUGCUGAGGUUCUGGCUGAAGUCGGCGACUUUGGUCGCUUCCAGGUACGGGUGAUGGUCCUGAUGGGCAUUCCCAACUUCCUGUCUGCAUACUUCGUGUUUGGCCAGGUCUUCAUGGUUCUGGAUGAGUCCCACCACUGUUCAGUGACCUGGGUCAAGAACCAUACUUUCAACCUGAGUGUUGCCGAGCAGCUGUCCCUAAGCAUACCCAAUGACACUGCAGGCAGACUGGAGUCCUGCCUUAUGUUCCGGCCGCCCCCUAACAAUGCCAGCCUGGAAGACAUCCUCAGCCACCGCUUCAAUGAGAUACAACCCUGUGAGACAGGCUGGGACUUUCCUGAGAACCGACCUCAGUCUCUAAAGAAUGAGUUUGACCUGGUAUGUGAUCGGAAUUACCUGAAAGAGACCUCUCAGUCAGUGUUCAUGGCUGGACUCCUUGUUGGGGCCCUUGUCUUUGGGCCUGUCUGUGAUUG